UCUUCCGCUCCCCGACUCUGCCUUGGUGUCUCGUCCACCCAAUCCAAGGAAAAGCGAAGAUCGAGCACCGAAAUCCACUUGAGACCCAACCCUCGGUGACAGACGAGCUCGUUUGAUCCGUUUUGCGAGGUACGUAGAUCAGACAGAGAUCCCCAAAGGAAGUAGGCACGUCAUCGAUCGAUCGAUCCACCCCAAGUGAUCAUCGAUCCAAGAUGAACGAUGCCGACGUCGGGAAGCAGAUCCAGCAGAUGGUCCGGUUCAUCCAGCAGGAGGCCCAGGAGAAAGCCAGCGAGAUCUCCGUCGCCGCGGAGGAGGAUUUCAACAUAGAGAAGCUGCAGCUGGUGGAGUCGGAGAAGAGGAAGAUCAAGCAGGAGUACGAGCGGAAGCAGAAGCAGGUGGACAUCCGCAGGAAGAUCGACUACUCGAUGGAGCUGAACGCGGCGCGCAUCAAGGUGCUGCAGGCGCAGGACGACAUCGUGGGCGAGAUGAAGGAGAACGCGUGCAAGGCGCUGCUCCGCGUCACCAAGGACACCAACGUCUACAGGAAGAUCCUCAAGAGCCUCAUCGUGCAGAGCCUGCUCCGGCUGCGGGAGUCGUCGGUGGUGCUGCGGUGCAGGGAGGCGGACCGCGUCCACGUGGAGCCGGUGCUGGAGGCGGCCAAGAAGGAGUACGCCGAGAAGCUCAAGGUGAACCUCCCCAAGAUCAUCAUCGACGGCAAGGUCCACCUCCCGCCGCAGAGGAUCAACGACACCGCCCACGGACCCGCCUGCUCUGGAGGCGUGGUGCUGGCGUCGCAGGACGGCAAGAUCGUCUGCGACAACACGCUGGACACUAGGGUGGAUGUUUGCUUCAGGCAAAAGCUUCCUGAGAUCAGGAAGAAGCUCUAUGGUGAUCAGCAAGUGUCGCCAUAAGUUCCUUUAAUGUUUGUUUUCUUUGAAUAAGAUGAGAACCAGUUCGUGA